UUACCUGUGAUUGCACCAACUGUGCAAUGAAAAUUCUAAAUUGAAGUAAUACAGAAUAUAUUGUUCAGCUUCCUGAUUCUCCUGACCUAGAUAGCACUGGUCUUGACACAACAUAGCAUAGCUGAUAUGUAAACGUAUCUGUCUGAGAAUGAAAGAAGCUAGGACUGUUCCCCUUAGCAUUGUACUUAUGCAUUUGUGUGCGAGUGUGCAUACGCGUUGUAUCCAGUGUAGGUUUCCUUAGUUUGCUUGCUUUCAGAGUGUAUCUGAGAAGCUUGCAUUGAUUUUAUUGUUGUAUCAUUACUCUUUCGGCUUGACUCACUUUACAGCCACACCAUGAAAACAGGUGAAUUUGUUAACGUAUUAAGAAUCAAAAUAAAUAAAAAAAUGAAAUAGACUUUUUGCAAUAUUUUAAAGUGUGGAUCUAUUCCUCUUUUCCCCUUUACCCUACCUCUCUUGUACAACUGGUAAAAGCAUAAAUUUACUCCUCAUUUUUAACCUUGAGAACAAAAAUCUGUUAAUUGUCUUAUGUACCAUCAAUUUCCAUAAACCCUAUUAGUACUUAUAAGAAUGUCAUAUUGUUACUAACAUUUUUCUUGAGGGUAAUAGCCUUCUAUGUAUGGCUGAAAAUAAAGUAAGUACUUACAAGAUCAAGGUCCCAUUGCCUAUAAAACAUUCUAGGUGAAAUUGUUUGUGAAGCUGAAGGUGUUAAACUUCUGGUAAUGUUUAUAAGUAACAGUGGCUAACUGUACAUGCCUUGCCUUUCUGUCAGCCAUCACCAUUCACCAUGUUGAUUCUCACAAUUUAGAAAUAAUAGUCCAGAUCCUCUGUUGAUGUAAAUCAGUGCAGCACCACUAAGCCCAUGCCUAUUACUUAAAUCUAUCAUCAGCAAAAAUAGUAGGCUUUGUGUAGCAGUGGUACAUCUUCUGAAAGUCUUAUAUGUUCUCAAGAGAAUAAAAAAGCCCACGUAAUAUCAACUUUUACUGAAAUACAAAUUUCUACAGGGUUUUUGCAUAGACAGACAUUUACAGGCACAAGCAUUUCCUUCAUAUGAAAAGAAGAGAUAGGAAGUGAACAUGGAAAAAAUAAAAGUUAAUCUUUGAAAGGAUCUUCAUGGAAAAAUAAAUAGAAUUAUGGGCCAGAUACUCCAUACCUCUUGUCUGCUUUAAGCUUCCCCUCUAAUAUAGCACAGCUGAAAUUCUGUAUCAAGUAUGUGUUUGGGAGGGGCUGCAGCUGUGUUUCAAUCCUAGCACAAUACAAAGUCACUGGUAUACACUGGUGAAUCUAGCUCUAUCUGAGUGAGGCUGUAUACAUGACAAAUGUACUUACACAAUCAGAAGGUUUUGUAGGUGUAUGGCUGCAAAUGCUAAGGGAUUAGUCUAGCAAUAGCUGAAAUUACAGCUGGAAAGGUGCAUGCUUGCACAGACUGUGGAAUUUCAACUACAAGUAUGCUUUCAUGGACAUUAGGGAGAGUUACAUAUGUUGUGAUUCAGGUUAAUUAUAGACCUGGCAACGUUAUGGAGGCCGUAUUAGGGAGCCCUAACGGCAAGACUUCUUGUUCCCCUGUGUCUGUGGAGCAAUUAUACGAGUUGUGGCAAGUGUGGCAACCAUGACAGACAUUUUAUAUGCUUGCUUUGUGAUCUGUUCAUUUGCUGUGAACCAGAAGAUAAAAGGCUGAGUCAUUCUGGCAUCUAAGAAAUGUAUUAGCUAGAUUAUUUGUAUAUAAUUGAGUUAAUGAUUAUGAAUGUUCGUUCAUAUGCCAGCUUGUAGGCCUAGAGGUAUGUAACUGCUUGUGUAGCACUAUAGAAAAACUUUUAAAUUCUUGUCAGAAUUUGGUACUGGAUAUCCCAUGUCAUUCUCUAAGCUUCUAAGUUCCUGUGCUCCUUCUUCGCACUGCCGCUAACUUAAGUAGCAAUGACAAAGGAGUGGAAAUCUCCAUAUUCAGCCCAUCCACUUUUUCAUAAAUCUUCCUGUCCUCUUGACAACUUUUAUUAAUAUUCUUCAUGUCUAUGCAGAAGACAGAGGUUGGCGAUACUUGUUUGUAAUUGAACAUGGUAGGGGAUGUAAGAAGAUUGACACGCAUGCUACUGGAAUGCAGCAGCAAUGACAAGCUGUGCGUUGUGCGUGAAUAUCAGACUGAAGUGAUCGUUAUCCCAGUUCUCCUUGUGGGUGCUUUUAUCAUCCUGGUAAGUGUGAUCCUUUGGCUCCACUGUCGAGGCAUGAGAACAAAUCAGGAGGAAUCAUCACCAUCCGGACACCAAGGUAACAUCAUAGUUUUCAGAACAGAGGAAGGAGUGUUGGUUUCAAACUCCUACAUCCAGCUGAGUGAGACAACUGUGAAAAGGCUGCUAAAUUCUGCAUCCUUGACUCUCAAAGAACUGGAGAUACCACGAGAGAAACUCUCACCAGGCACCUUGGAGCUGAUACACCAUGGCAGCUAUGGGAGUAUCUACAGGGCAGAACUGGAAACUGAGAACUCCAGGAGGACUAAGACUGUCAUACUGAAAGCCUUACAAGAUCUGGCUGAUCCCUGGGAAAUAAAGGAUUUCCUGGGAAGGAUUAAAUUCCAUCAAAAUCUUGGCCAUCAUGAGAACCUGGUUGAAUUGGUUGGAUGCUGUGUAGACCAGCUCCCACUUUAUAUGGUCAUGGAGGAUGUGUCUCUUGGUGACCUAUUGACCUUUCUAUGGACAUGUCGGAAGGAUGUAAUGACAAUGGACAGUAUCCCCUAUGACAUCACUGAGAGGCAGGUAUAUGAAGUUGGACAGCAUGUUGCAGCAGCUCUGGGUUACCUAGAGCAGAAGAAGCUGUUCCAUGGUGAUGUUGCUGCCAGGAAUGUCCUUCUUCAGCAGAACUUCACUGCCAAACUCUGUGGUUUGGGGCUGGCCUAUGAAACUCACACAUAUGGUGCCAGCUCGGUCACACAGAUUGUGCCCCUCAAGUGGCAGGCACCAGAGCGACUCCUGAAGAAACCCCCCAGCAUCAAGGCAGACAUAUGGUCUUUUGGAAUUCUACUAUAUGAAAUGGUUACAUUAGGUGCUCCACCAUAUCCUGAGGUGCCACCUUCUGACAUUUUACCAUACCUGCAGGAACGGAACAUCAUGAAACGGCCCUCAAGCUGCCAGCAAGCCAUGUAUAGCAUCAUGAAGUCCUGCUGGCAGUGGAAUGCAACUAGCCGGCCUUCCCCGGCAGACCUGAUCCGGUGCCUACAAACAGCUAUGAAGUCCAGCAGUGACCAUGCAGUAUUGCAGGUGCCUGAGCUGGUGGUGCCUGAAUUCUAUGCUAAUGUUGCUGGUGUUAAUGUGGGCAGUCUAGUGAGCAACUACACUGUACUCUGAAGGACCCUUUCGCGUGUUGGGAAAGGAGAGGUGUCUGACAUUGCUGCUUUCUAGACGCUUUCCAAGUUCAGAAUGAGGUGUGUAUCCUGGGAGGGAUCCCUUUGUUUUUCAAACACGUUAUAUAUUUGAGAUCUCUCCUUCACACCUGAAAAAAUGAACUGGCAGUAUUAUUACUAUUGCAUCACCUUGUUGAUAUCACUCUAUUAGAAAGGGUCCAGCCAAACAGCAGUGGUCAUUUGGAAGCAAAGUGUGUUUAGGACGAUAUACACAAUGUAUUGGGAAAUUUGAGUUAAAGUGAAAGGAGGGAAAAUUGAUCUAGAAUAUCAAGAAGUGUUUUGAGGGUUUUUGGAAAUCUCCCCAUUCUUUCUGUCCCAGGAAACUGCAUUAAUGGGGUAUUCAAAAGAGAAAGUAGAUGAUGUUCAGGGGAUUAUGCUUUGAGAAAGUGGACAGGAUAGGUGACAGGAUAGGUAACACAAAUGGAUAGUUUC